AUGAGUGAAUUGGAUCAAUUACGACAGGAGGCGGAACAGUUAAAAAGUCAAAUUAGAGAAGCUCGAAAACAAGCAAAUGACACAACACUUGCCUCCGUGGCAGCUAAUUUGGAACCAAUCGGUCGGAUUCAGAUGCGGACCAGACGGACAUUGCGUGGACAUUUGGCUAAAAUUUAUGCAAUGCAUUGGGCUUCUGAUUCUCGGAAUUUGGUUUCUGCCUCUCAAGAUGGAAAACUUAUUGUUUGGGACUCUUACACUACAAAUAAGGUUUUUUUAAUUUUGUUGGAAUAUAAAUGGAAAAUAUACAAUAGCUUAUAAUCUAAUUGUAAGUACUAAUUGUAAGGUCGAUGGUAACCAGAGUCUGAACUUUUCGGCAUGCCACGAUAGUUAUUGGGGGUUUUUUCUUAAACUGACCCUAAACUCGGCCCG